AUGGACCCCGGCCACGUGAAAGAAAAGGAGGAAGAAGAGGAAGAGGAGGAGAGAGUAGGGGAGGGAGAGGAGGAGGAGGAGGAGGAAGAAAUCACUGCCUCCACUCUGCGGGCCAAGCCCCGAUGUUUGCCCAUCUCAGCGGUGCCAGCUUUCAGCUACAUCCCGCCGCGGCGCCAGGACCCCAAGGAGCACAGCUACUUUCAGCGGGAGAGCCAGACAGGGAUCAUCUCCCUCUACGACUGUGUUUUUAAGAGGAGACUAGAUUAUAACCAGAAAUUACAUCGAGAUGACAGAGAACACGCCAAAAGCCUGGGGCUUCAUGUUAAUGACGAGGAACAGGAAAGGACCGUGCCAGUGCUGAUGUCCUCGGUCUACGGGAAACGCAUCAACCAGCCCAUCGAGCCCCUCAACAGAGGCUACGGCCGUGUGAACCACGUGCAGACCGACUUCUACAGGAAGAACGACAUCCCCAGCAUCAAGGUGCCCGGCUUCGGGCACAUCACUCCAGCCUGAAGCGGUCUCGCGGUUUGCAGGGCACUUGGAGGUGCGCUGCCCGCAAAGCGAGGCCGUACAGGAAGGGCGCGCCCUCCACCCUCACGGCCUCACGGCCACGUCAACCGUAGCUGUAAGGAUGCACCUGGACCACAGGGGGGUAAGCACAUGCACAUCUAAGGUGGCUUUGGCUCAGGACUCGGCCAGGCACUUUCCCUCAUGCUCAAAAGCUCCAGUGUGAGAGUUUUCACUGGAUUUAUUUACAAUGACACCAACUGAUUCGUUCUGAGAACCCGAAUAAAAGAAAAGCUUGCCUCCC